GCGCUUGUCCAUCCCUGGCAUUCAGUGCAACCCUGUGCCUUCAGCACAACAAUAACAAACCAAACUUCGGAUAAUUCGGAACCAAGCCAUGGAUAUGCAGGCGGUAUUGCAACAGAUGUACAGUGGAGACCCUGGCAUGGCGUUGAUGAUGGGGAUGGGCCUGAACGGCAAUGGGUUCGGAAUGCCCAUGCCAAAUCCCUUCAAUCCCUUUGGCUCGACACCGAACGACUCCUUCGAGCAGGCUGGAGAAGACCUGGACGACGAGGAUGACGAGGACCAGCGCACCCUGUUCUGCGGCAAUCUCGACGAGCGCGUGACGGAGGAGAUCCUGUACGAGGUGUUCCUGCAAGCGGGUCCCAUUGAGCAGGUGCGCAUUCCCGUGGACAAGAUGGGCGGCCGACAUCGGAACUUCGGCUUCGUGACAUACCAGCACCUGUGCGCGGUGCCCUUCGCCCUGGAGCUGUACCAAGGCCUGGAGCUCUUCGAAAAGAAGGUGACGAUCAGGCCGCAGGGAGCCGACAAGCCCAGGCAGCAACAGUCGAACUAUCCCCAGGGCCGGCUCAGCAAUCCCAAGAUGCAGGACUCGCCCGGCAAGCCCUCGCCGCCCCAAUCCGGCCGACACGGAUUGCAUGGCGCCAAGCCCUACGACCGGCACUCGGGCGGCCAGAAUGGCGACCAGCGGCGGCGCAGCGACAGCUCGGUGAUGGAGCGCAACCGGCCGCGGAACCACCCCCAGCAGCACUACCAGAACCAGCACAUGCAGGGCGGCAGCCGGCGAUCGGACCAGCGGCACAACCACCAGCGAAGGAUCUAGGACGUAGCCUCUACUGCUUUAUUAAUCUUAGGGUAGAUCUUACAAACAUUUAGAAUCUAAAUAGAGAUGUAUGAACUAGAA